CGGGGCUCCGCCCCUUCCCGCGUGACGUCACGGCGCCGGAAGGGUCUCGGCGCGCUCGUGACGUCAGCCCUUCCUUCUUUCCCCGGGAGGCCGGAGUGAGGGCACCAUGGGCCGCGUCAUCCGCGGGCAGAGGAAAGGCGCGGGCUCCGUGUUCCGUGCCCACGUGAAGCACAGGAAGGGCCCGGCCAAGCUCCGCGCCGUGGACUUCGCCGAGCGGCACGGGUACAUCAAGGGCAUCGUCAAGGACAUCAUCCACGACCCGGGGCGGGGCGCGCCGCUGGCCAAGAUCGCCUUCCGUGACCCGUACCGCUUCAAGAAGCGCACGGAGCUCUUCAUCGCCGCCGAGGCCCAGCUGAACAUCGGGAAUGUCCUGCCCGUGGGCACCAUGCCCGAGGGCACCAUCGUGUGCUGCCUGGAGGAGAAGCCAGGGGACCGCGGGAAGCUGGCGCGCGCCUCCGGCAACUACGCCACCGUCAUCUCCCACAACCCUGAGACCAAGAAAACCAGAGUGAAGCUGCCCUCAGGCUCCAAGAAAGUCAUUUCUUCUGCAAACAGAGCUGUUGUGGGAAUCGUGGCUGGGGGAGGCCGCAUUGACAAGCCCAUCCUGAAGGCCGGCCGUGCCUACCACAAGUACAAGGCCAAGAGGAACUGCUGGCCACGAGUCCGUGGUGUGGCCAUGAACCCUGUGGAGCAUCCCUUCGGAGGAGGCAACCACCAGCACAUCGGGAAGCCCUCGACCAUCCGCAGGGACGCCCCGGCGGGACGCAAGGUGGGGCUGAUCGCCGCGCGCCGCACCGGCCGCCUGCGCGGCACCAAGACCGUGCAGGAGAAGGAGAACUGAGCUCCCAGCCCGGGGGCCACUCAAUAAACCUGUACAACACAG